GUUAGAAUCAUUGGAAUCAAUUGCGCGCCUCAAUGCAAUACUAGGAAGUUGCCAACGGCGUCAAGAUGGACUAUCAAAAUCGCGCGGGUAAUAAAGGUGCUGGUGUAGCAGGAGCGUCCGAGGCCAAUGUCGAUCGAAGGGAGCGACUACGCAAGCUUGCGCUGGAGACAAUUGAUAUCAACAAGGACCCAUAUAUUCUUCGGAAUCACCUUGGAGGUAUCGAAUGUCGUCUAUGCUUAACGCUGCAUACAAAUGAAGGCUCUUACCUAUCGCAUACACAAGGUAAAAAGCACCAGACCAACUUGGCGCGAAGAGCUGCGAAGGAGGCGAAAGACCAAGCACGAUACAACCCGAAUCUGCUCCUGACUGCCCCAUUGGCAAACGAAAAGCCCAAGAAGCAAUUUGUUAAGAUCGGGCGACCUGGGUACAAAGUCACCAAAGUUCGCGAGCCAGUUCCAAUGGCACCUCCUAACGUUGCCGAGUCGGAAAGCGAGAGGAAAACGCGGGAGAGCAUGGGUGGGCGGAUAGGCCUGUUAUUUCAAGUGCAGCUGCCUGAGAUCAAGGGUGGUGUUAGGCCGAUGCAUCGCUUCAUGAGCAGCUUUGAGCAGCACAUCGAGAUGCAGAAUCGCGCAUGGCAAUACCUCGUCGUCGCUGCCGAGCCGUAUGAGACGAUCGCGUUCAAGCUGCAGGCACGAGAGGUGGACCAGAGCGAGACGUUGGUACUCUCAGCUAUGCCGAACACGCGGCCAAGGGAAGAACCAGGCACGUGGAGUCACUGGGAUCCGGACACUAAGGCAUAUACCAUUCAAGUGAUGUUCAAGUGAGGUGUCUAGCAAGGGCGGUGUUGUAGGAUACAGUUGGAGUAUGCAUGCAA